AUGCCGCAGUCGCUUACACUUACUCCCCAACAAGCUGCUGUCAAGAGGCAACGAUCCCAAGAGUUGCCGCUCAGCCCUUCCAGGCCGACAUCCUCUGGACAGGCACAAUCCAACGGCCCGCUUGGCGGGCCAGAUGACUCAGCAGGGCGCGUUAACGUGAGGAUCGCCCCAUAUCUCAACAAGACCAAAGCAAAAAUCUCGUUGGCUUUCCAAGAACUCGAGUGGAAGCAGCGAUUCCGACUUCAGCAUGGGUUCCAAAACCCUCACACCUCUCCUUUUCGGGUAGAUCGAUCCAAGACUGUCUUUGACCGCAACAGAUAUGGAAACGUUCAACCCUGGGAUGCGUCAAGGGUGAGACUGAAGAAACCCAUAGGGGGUUCUGACUACGUGAAUGCGUCUCCAAUCGUGCUGAAGAGCCGCACGGCUAAGAACGCACCGAGCGGCACAGCAACCUCCAUUCCUGCGCGCCAGUCCUCAUCGGCCUUGGUCGCUCAAAACGAAUACAGAUACAUUGCCACCCAAGGCCCGAAAGAAGGACAAUUCUCUCACUUUUGGCGUAUGGUCAUGCAAGAAACCCCGGGCGACGUGGGUGUUGUCAUCAUGCUUACGCAGCAUGUGGAGGGAAACAAGGAGAAAUGCGCCCAGUACUACCCGGUUAGCGUGGAGAACCCAACCAUAAUGUUGCCCGCUCAUGAAGGUGGUGACGAGGAUGGGGAGCCUGGGCCUGUGGAUGAUGGUGACCCUUUCUUGGACUCUCCUACAGGUAGCGCCGAUGCUGAUAGUCAUUGUGCAGAUUCUGAAGCGUCACAAACGUCGGAUGCCGCAGACGAGGACGACAAGUCUCAAGAACACGAUCCACCUGGUUCAGUCACCCUUUUAUCUUCCCACCGCGACGCCAAUAUCGGUUGCGAUGUACGGAAGCUACGGUUGACCAUUGACAAUGAGUCCAAGAUCAUCUAUCAUUACUACUUCGGUGGCUGGCCCGACUUUGCUAAACCCGAAGGUGAGGAUCGGACGGCCCUCAUUGAACUCACAAAGGUAUCGAAAGCUGUGGCCGGCGAUGCUCCUCGGAUUGUGCAUUGCUCCGCUGGAGUGGGUCGAACAGGCACUUGGAUAGCCUUGGACUUCCUCCUGCAAGAGCUCGAAGCAGGCCGACUAGUUGACUGUGACCCGUCACAAUCAGUCACAUCCACCCCACCGAACGCAGCGCAAACAAGCACCACCACCAACGGUACGCGGGGCACAAUCGGAGCUCCCAAAGCCCGUACUCCCGAACCCAAGGACGAAGAAGACGUCAUAUGGGAGACGGUCAACACGUUACGAGAACAACGCAUGAUGAUGGUCAUGAACGAGGUGCAGUACCAGUUCAUCUACGAAGUCGUGAAGGAAGCGUUCAUUGAGAAAUACGCUGAGAAGGAGACGGGACCGGUGGUCGUUGAGGUUCAGGAGCCCAGUCCAAAGGUGGCAAGGAAGAAGUCUCCUUCGGUCUUUGGUGGUAUGUAUCAGGGUACCAAGGUAGGGUCCGUGAGGGGGAACGCCGACACGGUGUCCGAGAAAGCAGAAUCCGAAGCGGAAACCGAGCUCAUGGACGGAGAGGAGACCCGGGAGGACGCGGAUAUGGACAGCAGCACCAGUGAGGAGGAAGGAGAAGCCACGAAAAGCCAAGACGUGGCAGCAUCGGUAGGACAGGAUCCUUACGCCGCUGUAGCGCCAGAGACGAUCCGGGAAGGACAGCAAAAGGUCGAGCAGAACGAGAUACGUGAUCAUGAAUUGAAACAAUAG